AUGGCAAAGGACGAUGUUCCAGAAGUGGUGAGGAACAAAAGGGUGAUACUGAGGGACUACGUGACUGGUUUUCCAAAAGAAUCAGACAUGCACAUAAGCUUUAGUACCAUGAUUUUGAAGAUACCAGAAAACCACAAACGAGUUGUGCUGGUCAAGAACCUUUACUUGUCUUGUGAUCCUUAUAUGAGACUUCGCAUGAGAAAUGAUCAAGAUCCCGAGUUUACACCCUUCACUCCUGGCUCUCCCAUUACUAGGUUUAGAGUGGCUCAAGUUUUGGAUUCAACGCACCUCGGCUUCAAGGAAGGUGACUUUGUUUGGGGAACCACAGGAUGGGAAGAAUACAGUUUCAUAGCAAGACCUGAAAGACUCUUCAAGAUCAGGCAUACGGAUUUCCCUCUUUCCUACUAUGCUAGGAUUCUUGGUAUGCCUGGAAUGACAGCUUGUGCUGGUUUCUAUGAAGUUUGUUCUCCUAAAAGAGGAGAAUAUGUCUUUGUUUCAGCAGCAUCUGGUGCAGUUGGUCAGCUUGUUGGCCAACUUGCAAAGCUGGAAGGUUGCUAUGUUGUUGGAAGUGCUGGUAGUAGCGAAAAGGUUCAACUAUUGAAGGAAAGAUUUGGGUUUGAUGAUGCUUUCAAUUACAAAGACGAGCAUGACUUAGAGGCAACUUUGAAAAGGUAUUUCCCUGAAGGCAUUGAUAUUUACUUUGAGAAUGUUGGGGGGAAAAUGCUAGAUGCAGUACUCAUAAAUAUUAGAGUUCGUGGCCGCGUUGCUGUGUGUGGAAUGAUCUCACAAUACAAUCUGGAUCAGCCUCAAGGGACUAAGAAUUUGAUGUGCCUUGUUUAUAGGCGGAUUCGUAUGGAAGGAUUUGUGGUUUUUGAUUUCUGUCACCUCUACUCAGAGUUCCUCCACAAGAUGCUGCCUUUGAUCAGAGAUGAGAGGAUUACUUACAUGGAAGACAUUGCGGAAGGCCUUGUAAAUGCCCCUGCAGCUCUAAUAGGAAUUUUCAGUGGCAAUAACAUUGGCAAAAAGAUAGUUAGAGUUGCUCCCGAGUGACUGAGUAUCGCUUCUUUUUCCUUUGUGCAUAUUUUUCACCAGUAACUCAGCCAUUUUUUUCCUUGUAUAUUUUUCUUGAACAAUGCUGGGGGAUUGCCAUAGGACCUGGAUUUGGCUGCUUGUUGUCGAUGGAAAUAGUUUGCUGCUUCU